AUGAAUAAAGGACAGUUGCACCCGGAACAAAAGAAGUGGAAGGCACCCAAGGGUCCCAAGCCCAUCCAACGUAAGCACAAAAACACCAUCGGGUUGGGCCGGACCAUCGCCAACCAACGGCGGAUGGAGAACGAAGUCCAGAUUUUACCAGACGGGGAGUUGAGAUUCACCACAGACAAAAGAGAAGCUGACUGGGUAAAAUUGCGGUCUGUGACACAAGAAAACUCCCUUGAUGAGUUCUUGAACACUGCACAGUUAGCUGACACCGAUUUCACCGCCGACAAAGGCAACCAGAUCAAGAUCAUCAAGGUUGGAAAUACCUCUAUUGUCAAUCAGAAUGGUCUACUUACCCCGGAGGAAAUGGAACAAAUUCGUAUAAAGCACCAGAUUUUUGAGAACAAGUUGACGAUCCCCCGAAGACCCAAAUGGAGCAAAGAGCAGCUGAAACUCGAAAUUGAAAGACAAGAAAACUUGUCAUUUUUAGAGUGGAGAAGAGACUUGGCCAAAUUGACUGAAAACAACGAUUUGAUUCUCACGCCGUUCGAGAGGAACUUGGAAGUUUGGCGGCAGUUGUGGCGUGUGGUGGAGCGGUGUGACUUGGUGGUACAAAUUGUGGAUGCAAGAAACCCGCUUUUUUUCCGGUCGGUGGACUUGGUUAACUAUGUCAACGGCUUGAGUGACCCCGAACACAAUCUCCCCAAGAACAACUUGUUGUUGGUGAACAAGGCAGACUUGUUGACAGUAGAACAACGUGUUGAAUGGGCCCGGUUUUUCAUCCAGAAAAAUAUCAACUUUGUGUUUUUCUCAGCUGCUAAUGCUAAUGAACAAUUAGAAAAACAGAACGAGCAGUUGGACCAGCGCAUAGAGGAAGAAGAAGAUCACGAGGAUGAGAAUCACAGCCACUUGGACUUGGACAAAGAGCUUGCUGAAAAAGUCAAAAUCUUGAAAAUUGAAGAGUUAGAAGAGUUGUUCAUAUCCGAGUCGCCCCAUUUCGAAUUUGAUCCAGAAUUCCCUGACAGAAAGCUUCAAAUAGGAUUGGUGGGGUAUCCCAACGUCGGUAAGUCGUCGACCAUCAAUGCGUUGGUUGGUUCCAAGAUGGUGUCGGUAUCGGCAACUCCUGGUAAAACCAAGCAUUUCCAAACCAUCCACUUGUCGCCCAAGAUCUUGUUGUGUGAUUGUCCUGGGUUGGUUUUCCCUAACUUCGCAUACACAAACGGAGAAUUGGUGUGUAAUGGGGUGUUACCCAUCGACCAGUUAAGAGAGCACAUUCCCCCCGUGUCAUUGGUGUGUCAGAGAAUCCCCAAGUUCUAUUUGGAAGCCUUAUACGGGAUUCACAUUGAAAUCAAAAAAGUGGAGGAUGGUGGUAACGGAGAAUACCCUGUUGCCAGUGAGUUGUUGAACGCAUACGCCAGAUCCAGAGGGUAUAUGACUCAAGGGUUUGGAAGUGCUGAUGAACCCAGAGCUGCAAGGUACAUCUUAAAGGACUAUAUCAAUGGGAAACUUUUGUUUGUGGAUCCUCCUCCUCGGUUUUUAGACAAUGGAGACUUGACCCUCUCGACGCUUGAUGAACAAAGAAGGUUCAACAUGGACCUUUAUAGUCUUUCUACGUUACCUGAAAACAGAAGAGCCCAGAUCGAGCACGCAGCUAAGGAUAAGAACAUUCACUUGAGUGAGUUUGAGUUGGCCAAAGACUUGUCGAAAUUGAACUUCUCGAUGCACAUUGGUGAAACCAAAGAACCCACAAAACCACAGGCAGAGUCUGCCAAAACCCUCUUCUAUGGUGGUAAGCAGGCCAAGUUGGAAAGUGCUGGAGAUGAGUUGGAUAAGGAAUUUUUCGGCAUGGAAGACGUCAGGGGCAAUGUGAACAAGCCUUUCCAUUUGCAGGAGACUUCGAGUAGUAAGAAGCACAAUAAGAAGAACAAGAAGUCAGCCAAGAAGGUCAGGGUAGUGAAUUAUUAG